CACUGCCUGCUGCCGCCGCAGUUUGCCCCGCGGCACCGACCCCCCGGCCUCCCUCCCCCCGCAGGCAAAUCUGCCGCCCGCCCGGUGGCAACCUCCGGGCUCUUUUCGCUCCCGGCGAACCCUCUUCCUCCCCAGCGGCUGCUCCACCGGGUCUUUGCAACUUGCAAGCGAUCAUGCCGUCAGGCGCGCUGGAGAAUCGGGCAAGAGGCGGAGGCGCCGCUGCCGCCCCUUUUCGCCGCCCCCGACCACACGCACAGCGCCCCCGCCGUCGAUGCCCGCGCUGCAUUUCACCGUGAACGCGCAAGCGGCCUCUGCCAGGGCGGCAGCGCAGUUCGGCUGGGGUUCGUGCGCUUUGCGCAGGUGCAGCCCGCCCCACCGAAACUGCGCCCCUUCACGGCGGCAUCUACCUCUUUCUCCCGGCCCCCUGCGCACUUCCUCCGACCCCCACCGGCGGCGAGGCGCCGACGUAACCUCUUGCCACCGCCCGGGCACGAGAACUGCGCGGGCGCCUGA